CAAAAAGUAAACAGACUUGUUUUGAUCUGUCAAAAAAUCAGGCGACUGUGCUAGCUAGUCACUCCACAAAGGAUUUUGUGUCAUUGUGAUCAAACCGCCAAUGUAAAACGGUUUGUUUUUGACAGACACGAAGACAUUUUUCGUACCUUCAUACAGUCGUUUUGUUUCAGUUUUUAGGUGUCUAGCUUGCUAUUUUUAUCGUACGUUUCAUCAGCUAGCAGGCUAAUCAGUUGGUAGCUUGCUAGCUGAUGUAAUUCACCGUUUAAACUAAGUUAACAUUAGCUGACGGCUUAGCAACGUAGUGGCAGCUAGCAGUAGAUCGACGGUAGGGCGUAUGUAUGUAAGCUAUUGUGUGAAUCGUGUGUAUAACUUGUCAAAGAUCUACAACGUUACAGUGAUUAUGCAGUGACUUUUCAAGCAACUGUAACCACCUUUCUUUAGCCGCUAGCUGCCCAGCUUAUUCCUCCUCUUCCUGUAUAUUUCUCUACGUGCCGACUUCAGUUUUGGCUUUAUUUUAUAACAAAUAUGUAAAGAGAAUGAUGUUGGUACUAGACAGAUAAACGUGAUGAAGCCUGAACAUCAGUGCACUGCCAUGGCUGAGGAUGGAGAGCUGAGUCCAAUGGGAGGACGCGCUGGCUCAUCAGGCCGCCUGGGCCGACAGACCUACAGAAGUUCAGCCCAUUUCUGCAGCCUGCUCGACGGCCUGCUGUCUCUCAGACAAUGCGGCAUCCUGUUUGAUGUGGUGCUGCUGGUGGAGGGUCGACCCAUCCAAGCCCACCGUAUACUUCUGGCAGCCUCUUGCGAUUAUUUUAGGGGAAUGUUCGCUGGAGGCCUUCGGGAGACACAGCAAAAAGAGAUCCCAAUUCAUGGAGUAUCUUACAUGGCCAUGAAAAAAUUACUUGACUACAUCUACACUUCAGAGAUUGAGUUAGACCUGGAGUGUGUGCAGGAAGUCCUGAUAGCUGCCACGCUAGUACAGCUUGAGAUUGUCAUCGGGUUUUGCUGCGAUUUCCUUUUCUCCUGGCUGGACGAGAGCAACAUUUUAGAGGUGCAUAAUCUAGCCGAUCUCUACGGACUGCAACAACUUAAAGCCAGGGUCCACUCCUACAUCCUCAGGAACAUCCAGACUUUGUCUCGAACCGACGUGUACCGACAACUCCCCGAAGAUGAAGUCUUCAAAGCGCUGAGCAGUGACGAGCUUCAGGUGAACAGUGAAAACGAGGUGUACGAGGCGGCUCUUCACUACCACUAUAGUCCUGUGCAGGUGGAAACUGACCAGGUGUACUUGCAGGUCAGUCACAAGGACAAUCUCAAGAUGCUUGAUGCUGUGCGUUUCUGCCUGAUUGAGAAACAAGUGUUGCAGAGGCUGUACAGCAGACUGAACCAGUGUCCACUGAAGGAUUCUGUGUCAGCCGCUCUGCGCUACUAUGAGCAGGAGAUCUGGCAGCCCGUCCUGCAGAGUCCUCUCACCCAGCCACGGUCUACCUUGCACUGUAUAUUGGGCUUUGGGGGGAUGUUCACCUCCAGCUCCCUCACAGACAGCGAGCAUUUGUUUCAGGUGUUCUGCCCGAGCUGGGGGGUGUGGAGGACUCUCACUGCAGCUCACGCCCCCCGAAUGUCCAACCAGGGAGUCGCUGUGCUCAACAACUUUGUUUAUCUUAUUGGAGGAGAUAAGAACACCAGUGGAUUUCGUGCAGAGACCCGCUGCUGGAGAUACGACCCUCGUCACAACAGCUGGUGCUCCAUCCAGCCUCUGCAGCAGCAGCAUGCUGACCACUGUGUUUGUGUGCUGGGCGGCCAUAUUUAUGCCAUUGGAGGAAGGGACUACUGCAAUGAACUGGACUCAGUGGAGCGCUAUGACCCACACACCAACAUGUGGGAAUUUGUAUCACCCCUAAAGCGGGAGGUUUACGCCCAUGCUGGAGCAGUGUUGGAUGGGAAAAUGUAUAUAACAUGUGGGCGCAGAGGAAUGGCGUACCUCAAAGAGACCUGCUGUUUUGACCCUGUGGCCAAUGAUUGGACAGCAUGUGCUGAUGGGCCUGUGGAGCGGGCGUGGCACGGCAUGGCUGCUGUUAAUGGACGCGUUUAUGUUAUCGGUGGAAGCAAUGAUGAGCGUGGAUAUCGACGUGAUGUCCUGAAGGUGGGAUGCUUUGACCCUGAAGCCAACUCUUGGUCUUUAAUGACCCCCCUCCCCGCUGGACAUGGAGAACCCGGCGUAGCUGUGCUGGACAGUCGCAUCUACAUCCUGGGAGGACGCUCUCACGACAAAGGCAAAAGGAUGAGAUACGUUCACGUAUACAACACUGACGCGGACGAGUGGGAGAAUGAGACAGAGUUUAAGGAUCGUGUCUCUGGCCUGGCGGCCUGCGUGGUGCUCAUGCCCCCUGCUGUGAUCGACAAUGCCAGGAGCUGGGAACAGCACACCAAGGCUUCGUGGGAAGUUGUGGACAUAGACAACUCAGAGGACUCUAGUGAGGACUGAAGCAGCCGUGUUGAACUGGAUGUCUGAGCACUGGAGACUGUCAUGCACUUUUCUUACACAGCAUGUUGAAUUUGAAGCACGUUGAGGAUAUUUUUUUGUGGCAGUGCUUAUGGCAGCAUCGUGUCCUUCUUGCACGUUGACCACUUUGAGUGCCUCUGAACCAAAGUGUCAUUCAGGACCUUUGCACACUUUUUGUUCCUUUUCAAAUAUCUUCUUAGAUAAUUGUCCAUGAAUCCCUGCUUCCUCUAACUCUAAUGCUACUGUCGCUGAUCCUUCAUUAUUUCCUCUCACUGUAGCUGCCUCUGCAUUGUUAAUCAAAGACAGAACCUCUUUAUCCUCAAGUAAAAGAAAGCAGUGAAGCCUACUGGUUAUGCAAUAACAUGGUAAUAUAUAUAUAUAUACAAUUUUUGACGUAGGAUCACCGAUCCUCUAAAAAGACGUCAGAGAUUUACAGGCAGCUGUUACCUUUUGUAAUGCCGCACCUUUGUUUUUUUUUAUAAUUUAGUUCUCUACCCUAGCAGCUGCCUAGCAAUUAUCUUCACAUCCAAACUACUGAGUAAUCAUAAAGUUGUUCAAUUUUAACAUUGUGCCUUGUUUUUGUGGUGACAUCCUGAACUUGUUGUGUUGUGAAAUGUAUUUCUAUGUUUCAGUGUAUUCUGUGGAUGGAGAUGAGCCUUAGGUAUUUUGCCUCUGAUAUCACAAUUUGUUUUAAAAAAACACUGUUGAACUGAUUUGUGUUUGUACCCGAAUGUUGAGGCGCUGGUGCUCCAGGUUGUAGACCUCAGCUCACAACAUGUUGCCACCAUGUAUGUAAAUGACUUAUGAACGUCAAGUCUUGAUAUUUGUGUGAAAACCAAACCACUGUUGUAAAAAUGUUUUGUCCUUUCAUUGAUCUUUCAUACUGCAUACGUUAUUCCAUGACUCAAUCCAAAGAGCACAAUGAAGAGUGGCUUUAGAAUAUUCCUAUCCGCUUUGCUCCUUGCUUCUGCUUGUUGCCUCAGUUCAUUGUUAUGCUGUUUAACAUAGGCAUUCAAGAAGUUUAAUGACACCUGCUCCACUAUGUAUCCAUUGGAAAACUCUUUUUCAUAUAAUGAGAGUUAUGUCCUAAGAAGAAAUGCAGUGUACUAGAACACAUUGUGACACAAGAUAUGCAAAUUUAGUAUCCUAAUCAUGAGAUUCAAGUUUUGAAAUUUAAUAAAAUAGUAAUAUAUCA